UGAUACAACAGAGGUGGAGGAUCAAUCGAGUCUACUCUAUAGUAGCAAGAUUCGACUCCAAGAGUGACAUUUCGAUUUAGACUUUGGUAUCCAUGGCGGGUAGCUAACAUGGCGAUAGAGGUGGCGGAAGAGUGAAAUUAACUACGGUCUACACAGUUGGAAGGAUCUGGCAAGUUUGGCAAAAUAAUUUCGUAUAGCCUGCGUUAUCAAUGGAGAAGGCAAUCAACGUUGGUUUAGGCAGAACAAUUCCAGACUACUUCUGUCCUAAAAGCAAAGAAUGAUGAGUAACCUUAGGCUUACGGAGUACUUCACAAAUGCUGUGAAGGACCUCAUCCCUCUGGGAUCCCAUCGCCAUCAAGGCCCUGUCUCCAAACCAGUCACACAUCAGGAAAUUUGCAUGAAGCCAAUUCAGCCCUCUAACCACCGACCCUCUUAUCCUCCACUCAGGCAGGCAUUAACCCUCAAAAGGUCUGACAUGGACCACAGAGGCAAACGUGCCUCUACUUACCAUCCUAAUUCCCCAGGGGUCCCACGUGGCACCCCAGGCAGUUUGACCAAUUCACACUCCCAGGUUAGGAAGGUUCAGUCAGCUCCCAUCAGCCUUAAUCAAUCCAAAGACAUAAGGUGUAACUUUGGGCCAGGUAUAGGCAACCCUCUCUCACCCCCCUCCAAUAAGAGUGAAACACCCCCUCUGUGCAAACCCAGUACACCAGGAUCAACCUCAGAGGAGGAUUCGCACAAGGGUGGACCCAGGGGUGGAUGUUCAAGACCUGCUAGCCAACCCCGCAAGCUUGUAGUCCCCCCAUCCCACACCUUCAUUUCUGGUCAAGAAGGCCAUUCUCUCCCCUCUUCUCAUUCGGACCACUGGAGUCCUGGGUCCAGCCUUUCUAGGCAGCACAGUUCCCAGUCGCCAGGAGACGGAAUGAACAAACUUGACAAUGGUUGUUCUCCCUCACCCAACAUGCAUGUUUUCCUUGUCAACUGCCUCCCAAAACCUAAAGAGCAUAUAUCCCUAGAGCGAAAAAGGACUCCUUCAACAGAGAGGUGUCCUGCAGGGGGCAGCCGAUCCCUGUCUCGAAAGAGGAACAGAAACUCUGAGACAGAGGACAGAGAUUGUAUUGGGGACCAAGUCAAGAGGAUCUGUCCCCCAGACACAAAACCACAACCAAUGGCUGGGAUGAAGCCUAGACCCAGUACUGCUUCCAGCCAACCACUCAGAUCUCAAUUCUCCAUAGGCACAAAGCAAGUCUACAUGAAGCCCAGUCUAAGUCCUACACUGAAACUGCAAGAGUGGCUUUCUCCAGUAAAGGAUGGAAUACGUUAUGGACAAGGGAUGGAGGAGAAAGGGGCAUCUCCAGCCCUCACUAAGCCUGUUAAACGUCUCCUCCAAGGCCAGACUCAGGCACCUUCUCAGGCAUUUAGAGACCGUAGUGGUAAUCUUCAGUCUGGUGACACUCAAGGCAGAUCCCUAACCUUGUCUCUCAGAAUGCCGAAUAAGGACGUGAGCAAAACAGAGAUCAAAGGGAGUAGUGGUAAACCUUUAGGCAGCAUAGACCCUAGAGCUUCCAAACUCACCACAAGUUUUAGUUUAGGUUCCCGGCGAUCUCGUGGAACAGAACAGAAUAAAGCUGCUCGCCUUCGAAGAACGUUGAUUCAGCAGGAUGAACUUUUCACUCCUGACCCUGUGAUCUUGGUGUCAAACCCUGCACCAAAAUCUAAAAAAUCUUGUUCUGAGAGAAGUGACUGUUUAUCUCGCUCUGUGUCUAGUUCAGCUGCUCUUCCCAGCUCAGUUGGGGCAGGAUCUCCUUCUCAAAUUACGCAGAUCCUUAACGCAUCCUCUUCUCUGGUAGCCCCAGACCCCAAAACCUUACACUCCUCGUUGGUCAAACAAGAGCCAUGUAAAAACGGUUUUGUCAAACUGGAGAGGAUCCCGCUAUCUAAAAUCAACUCUCUUGUCACAUCAGGGAAGUCUUUACACGCGUCUUGUAUGAUUAAAGACAAUCCUAAACUCACAAAUAGUCCUGCUUUUCCUCAAAUUAGACAGUGUGAAGAUGAAUCAGUUCAAAUGGAGACAGACACCAAAUCAACAGUGUGUCCCAGGGACAUGGAGAAAACUAAAGGCACUCCCAGCCUCCACCCAUCUCCUUUAGCACCCCCGGCCAGACUAGGGGGAGGAGAGGGAGAGCGAAUGGGCAGGGAGAAGGACACUCUGGAUGUGGAGCUAGGCCUGAGCCUGGAGCUGGAUAUGGACCUGUCCCAGAGCAGCAGCAGCAGCAGCGAAGAGGAUCAUCUGCUGUCUCUGCAGGAGAUUCUGGAUGGCAGCAUCAAGCCUACAGACACACCAGAGAAGGGAACCCUCCCCGAACCUGGCACACCUGUGUUAUCCAGAUGCCAAUCCAAACUUCUACCUGUAAAAUCCAAAGGGAAGCCUGUCAAUUACAAGAACACACUGGAGCAGAUGCUGAAGGAAAAAGAGAGCAAUCAGAGGUUCAAGGAGAUUGAGAUGAAGUUGCUACUCUCCUGUAAGGAGGAUCUGCUGCGAUUCAAAGAGGAAGAGGAGGAGAGCAAAGAGAACAUGGAGGAGGCCAUCUCAAAGGAACACAAAGAGUUCCUGCUGCGUUUCUCAGUUGUGUCCAGCGCCAUCAGGGACCUGCACCCAGGAGAAGAGAUUUUCUGCCUGGCCAACUUUGGCCGUCUGUUCAACCAGCAUACCCUGCAUUUCAGGCAAUGCAAUGUCACUCCGAAAGGAACGGCACAGAAAACCCUACUUUGGUCCAGUCCAGAUCAGUUCAGGUUGCUGCUCGGUGCUGGACUGUUACAGGCAGCCUACCGGUCCUCCCCCUGUCCACCCCAGGUGGCUCGUAGGCUGUUCCAGUUGAUGUCUGUCUACAGUGAGAGGAGGAUCUCCAACCAAAUACUUCAGGCCCUCAGAGACAUUGCCUGCUCCUCUGCAGAACACACAGAGGUGAAUAAGAGCUCUCAGUUUGAGGUGUGGGUGCCCAGCAUUAGCGACGUUGCUCUGGUCUUCAUGAACAUGGGGGUUUCCUUCAUCACACUCUUCCCUCUGGAAAGUCUACAGCCCCCCUUUACCGAGGGAGACCUACUAGAGGGCAUCCAUAUCAGCACUGAAAGCUUAUCCUGUAAGAAAGACCUGAGCACUUUUCCAGAACACAACGUUGAGAAUGUCAUCAAGUAUUUGUCUGAUGUGACAGCCCUGUGUCCGCGGGCCUACUGUGACACAGAGCUGUUGUUGUUGAUGACCAUGGUGAGCAGAAUAGGUCUGGAGAUACAGCUCACCCUCCUGCCCACCAUGGACCUGAGCUCCCUGGAGCACAACCUGGUCAACAACAUGAGGGACUGGGCCGACAUGCUUCCUAGGAUCUGCUUGGCCCUUUCAAACCUGACGGAGGAUCAUCACAAUCUGCGCUGGCUCGUUCAGAUGCUGCCUGACAACACGCGUGGAACGCAACUCCGGAGACAUGUUAGUGUGGCAAUGAUCUCCAAGUUGUUAAACCACACGUGCACUUACAAGCCUACCAAGACAGAGUUCCAGCUGUCCGAUCUACAGCAGUACCUGCCUCUUAUGCGUCCUUCGGCCCUACUCAAAGGGAUGCAGCUUGCCAGGAGCCAGAGACAAAGAGAGCAGGAGGAGGACUAUGAUGACUCGGGGACCCUUGAUCAGCAGGCCUACUACCUGUGCUACAGCCUUCUGGCGUUGGCUAAUGAAGCCUCCAACUUUGAGUUCUUUCCACCAGAACAGAAGAACCAGUUGCAGUACCUAUGUGCUCAACUAGAGAAGCAUAUUAAGUGUGACAUCAGAGAAAGUGAGAAGUGUCUUUACCGGAGCAAGGUGAAGGACUUUGUUGCUCGGAUCUACACAAAAUGGCAGGUGCUGCUCCAGAGAACCAGACCUCUCCAGGGUAAAUUGUAUGACUAUUGGCAGCCUCUACCAGAGGACAUGCUGGUCUGCAGCCAGGAGAGCCUCAGUGCCCAGAGAGAAGGAGACAUGGAUAGAGAAAAAGAGGCAAAGGUGGGGGAAGCGGUUACCGGUGGGCAAGAGGAAAGCGAGGAAUACAACAUUCAGGAAGGGAGGGAAGAGAAUGACUUAAGCAUAGAUGAGGAGGAAGAUGAGAAGAAGACUGAUAGUCCUGCAAAUGUAUCCAACAUAGACAAAGAGGAGAUGGAGGAAGGGCACAGGGAAGAGGGAAAACUCUUUGAUAGCUGAAGAAGAGCUCCAAAACAAAAAAAAAUCUAAGAAAACAUGUCCUGCCUAAAAAGGACAAGUCCUUAAAGGACAAUGAAGAGGAUGAUCCAUCCCCAACCAGUGAAGAGUCAGAGGAGAGGAUGGAGCUCCAGGAAGACUUGGUUGAGGGGGGGGAACCAAAAAAGGACAUAGAAGUAGAGGAUGUUGAAGCAGAGACACAGGAGAAAGGUAAACGGUGGCUAAGUGAGACAAUUGUAACAUAGGAUUUUCCUAUCAACUUGUGUAUUCCACUAUCUCAGGGAAAUUUUAGAUUUUCAGGGUCUUGUUUGCAAUAAACGUUUUGGCUGUACAGUAAAAAACUUUUUCUCUAUUUUUACCACUAUUUGCACUGUAUUUUCCCCUGUGUGCUGUGUUUAUCCUUCUAUUUUUCUCGAGUUCCCAAAGGAGAAAGUUAAUAAUAGUUUGGGUCCUUGACCUCCUGUUUUAAUGUGUAAAGUAAGUACUGUGUUAAUGCAGAAGAAUUCUUGAAAAUAUGUUAAUGUGAAAUUGAUUUAAAAAUUAAAUGUUCUGUUUAUUAUUUGAACCCUAGAUGUGCACCUCUUGGGAAUGUUUAAUUCAUGUUUUAUCAGCAUGUUUGUUUACACAAUUACAAAUGGGUUAUCUGAUAAUAGUCAAAGAUUAUUUACAAAGUGAUACUGCAUUACCUCCAUGCAUGUUCAACAGGAAAGCUGAACAAAACUGACGAUUCCUGUAGCUUUUAGUUAUGGAUGUGUACUGUUUCAGAUAAUGUGUCAUUGUUAGGGCCCUACUUCAAGUAAUAAAUGGUAUUUGGCCUUGACCUUUUGGGGGGCAUGCAAACAUACCAAAUUUUCAACUCUUCUAGAUGUGAAACAUCAACUGUUGUGAUUGGCAAACACCAUCUAUAGUCCUGUCAUAAUACGCCUGACUAGCUUAAUGUCUCUUUUGCACAAUUCAAUUUCAGAGAUGACUCACACUGUAUACUUUCAUCUAAGAAAUCCCUCAAUUAAUGUGGUGUCUUGGUACAUUUUAGAUUUUGUAUUUUUCUCUAGUCAUGACAUCUGCUUGCAGUGCCUAUAAAAAAAAAGAUUCUACCCCCACUGAAUUUAUGUUUUUUUGUUUUACGAUCAACUUUCACAAGCUGUGAAAGUAAACUUUUUGUAUUCAUAUUUUAACAAUUAGUUAUUCUAUUAAAUGCACACUAGCUGCAAUGGGACUUUAUAGUAUGAUCAGAAGGAUUGAGUUUUGUGUUGGAGUUUUGAAAAAUAAACAAGUUAACUUCUCUGGUGA